GUAAUUUAAUUAAACUCAAGAACAAUCUAAUUGAAUUAUAAUAUGCAAUUGACUCAAUUACAUUAGCAUUCAAUGUUUAUUUAUUAAAUGUGCUUUUGUCAGGGACAACUAUUAAUCAGUUGUAAAUUGCAAAUUUUAAAUUAUUUUUUUGCUGUCGUCAGCGGCAAAGUGUUGAGUGCUUUAGUGAUGAGCAAAACAAGUGCAAUGUAGUAAAUUACAUAUGGCUAAAACAAAAGAUCAAAUAAAAAAUACAGUGCGGCAACCAAACAUGUGUGUUUAGUUUAUAAAAUUAUUAAGCCAAUGUCUUAAGUUCUAAAAAUACAGAGUUAAUAAGGGUUUGCCUCCGUCAGACGAACUGGACACGUAUCCAUUAUCCCAGGGAGGUUAAUCUAAACUAAAGAUACUACAAUUUACAUGUGCAAGUGGGCACAGUAGAAAAUAUGUCACAAAAUCAAUCAUAUUUCUGGCAAACGACCAGACACAAUGUAUACCUGAAACGUACAGCUAAAUGGCACAUGGCCUUGGCCCUAAUGGUAAUACUCACAUUCUCCACGGUCUGUGCGGAGGAAUUUAAACGAGAUGUUGAAAAUAAUGCGAACUCAUUAACCGGAGUGGACAGCAACUUGCUAAAUGAAGUUGUUGGACAAAAGCCAACGGAAUUGAAUGCUAUACCAGAAAAAUCAAAGGAAGAACGUGAAGCUAAAGGCAAGGGGAAUUUUAUCGAUGCUUUUACAGCAUCGAUCUCUGUUAUCUUAUUAACGGAGCUAGGCGAUAAGACUUUCUUUAUUGCUGCCAUAAUGGCCAUGCGUCAUCCCCGUUUAAUUGUCUUUGGCGGUGCAAUUGCCGCUCUAGCCCUAAUGACGGUACUCUCAUGCGUAUUCGGAAUGGCAGCUAACUUUAUUCCUAAGAUUUACACGUAUUAUAUCUCAACUGCAUUAUUUUUAAUAUUCGGCUUAAAAAUGUUGUAUGAUGGCUACAAAAUGAAGCCCACGGAUGCUCAAGAAGAACUCGAAGAGGUGCAAACUGAUUUGCGUAAGCGUGAAGAUGAGUUGAUGCGCAAAGCUUCACGGAAAUAUGAUGAUACGGAGGCCAAGCGUAAGAAUAGCAAUUCGGACAAAGAAGAUGCCAGCGAGCAGGCAUUGAUAGAUGGACGAAAUGGGACUACUAGUGGAGCCAAUACAACCAACUCAUCGUCCAACGAGAUGCAACAUCGUCAGCGCAAACAACGUGGCAGCAGCAUCAACCAUCAUCACAACAACAACAUCAACAAUAAUAAUAAUACCACCAAUUCUAGCUGUGAUAAAACUGGGACAAAUGAUGCUAAUGGCCGUCAUCAUGCUCAUGCUCAGCAUGAAACUGAAGUCUAUCUCAAGGAGGGCGGACGCAUUGUGGAACAAUUGAAAAUGACAAAUUUCAGUCCAUCCCAUUCAUUGGCAUCAUCCAACCAGACCGAACAAACCAAUUGUGAUAAUCUAAACGCUUCCGUCACUGAUACCAAAAUUGCAGCAGCAGCCACCAUAGGAGACUCUGCUGUCGACAAUGAUGACGAUGAUGAUAAUGUUAAACCACUGGGUCGAGCUCCUUUGGCCAAUCAUGAGAGUAUGCAUAGCCUGGACGAGGCGGUAACAACAACAAAUGGCGGGCUUAAAGCACGGCUGGAUCGUGAUGUUAAUGCUGCGCUUGUCAAUGAUGCUGAAAGCGGACGUCGUCGUCCGCAACGUCGUGGUGCCACCUAUUUUACCAUGCGCAUACUUGCCCAGGCCUUUACUAUGACCUUCUUGGCUGAGUGGGGUGAUCGCUCUCAGUUAACAACUAUUAUUCUAGCCGCCAGCAAGGACGUUUAUGGUGUUAUUGCUGGAGGCAUUCUUGGCCAUUGCAUUUGCACUGGCCUGGCUGUGAUUGGUGGUCGUCUGGUGGCUUCCAAAAUCUCUGUGCGCACUGUCACCAUUGUUGGUGGCAUUGUAUUCAUUGGCUUUGCUGUCUAUGCGGUUCUUAUGCCGCCCGAUGACUUGCAACAGAACUAAAAGCACUAAUUCAACGACAACUACAACAACGACGACCACCCAAAAAAAAAAAAACUAAAACAAAACACAAACAACACAUAUAAACACAAAAAAAAGUUAGAUAUUAAGUUGUAGUUUCUCCGUUUUUCUUGAUUUUCGUUUUCUUCUUUCUUCAUUCUUUCUCUUGCCAGAGGAGCAAUUUAAAAACUAACUAAAAUCCAAUUUUGGCCUAGCUAAUAUUGUUAGCAUUGCGGGCUCUAGCCAUGACAUUUAAAAUUUAUACAUCAUUUUUCGGAUUCACUAUAAUUAUGAGAAAGCUAUCUUGUUUUUUUUUUUUUCUUUCUUCUUUAGUAUUGAUUGAAAUGUGUCAGUUUAAGUAUUAAAGAUUGUAUAUAUACGAACAUAUGUAUGUACAUAUAUCGCGUGCUUGUUCCGCCUAGGCGCUCCUCUUAUUUGAUUUAUUUACGUAGCAUUGUUUACUUAAAAACCAAAUGAACUUUGUAUAUUUUUCCAACCAUUUAUGCAAAUGUUUUUCUUUGUAUAAAAAAAAACUUAGUAAAUUGAGCAAAAAGCAAAAACGAAUAA